UCUUUUGGAUGGGAAAGUGAUAUUUAUUUCGAAUUAUACAUUUUUCGCGUUAAUAAAUUGCUUUUUUAAUAUCACUUUGCAUUUUGCAAAGCAUGUAUUUAUGAGGACUAACUGAAAUUCAAGACUGAAACAGCUACAACUACACAGGAACGUGUCGAUUUCUAAUCACACUUGCUGCACUUUCUUCCAUAAAGUAACAGUUUCACUGCAACAAGAAGAGCGCCCGUAGCUCACCUCCGCCAUAAUAAAUUUGUGCCAAAGCGUCGGUGGCGUCUAAUCAUUAGAAGAAAAAUAGAAGAAAAACAUUGUAUCAGCGAACAAAUCCGCUUGAACUAGUUUGUGUUGGCUGGCACUUGCGAAGAAGAAAACACAUCGCAAAAGGGCAGGGCGCAUUUCAAUUUUGCUGUGGACGACGACGACAAGACCAAAAAUCAUGAACGGAAAGCCUAAUUCCGGUUCAUCCAGCUUUGAUUUGCACAUCACACAUUUGAACCACGUUGGCCCAUACUUAAAGAUAUUUGGCCAGGUUAACCGUGAAACGAUUUCUUUGCUUAGUAAACGAAUCGAACAGUUGCUUCCCACAUGUUUUGCAAUUGAACCCAGCUGGUCCUUGGGACGGCAGCAGGCACUUUUGGUGCCCGGCAUAUUUUGUGUGUUUAAACAAAAGUACGGUGGGGCGCCAGGAGAUGCGGAUUAUAUGCGAACACGAUUGGUGAGCGUUUCCAUUGAUGAACAGCUGGACGAUCAAAUACAGAUGCUCGCCGAGAUUGAAUUUCUCGAUUUCGGAUACUGUAAGACUGUAAACAGUCGAGAUCUACUUUUUCCAAAACAACCUCAGCUACUUCAAAACGUUCCAAUUCUGUGCACACAAUACAUAAUGCUCGGUAUUUGUGCCGGUUGGGAAGCAGCUGAUUUUGACAAAGUCAACCAGUUGAUUUUAAAUCAUACAGUUCAUAUCUCAGUUGAGCACGAGAUUUCUGGUCAAAAGUUUGUCAAUGUACAAUGGAAGGAUUUCAACUUGGCAGAGUUUCUAGUGCAACAGAAGCAAAUUGGAGCGCCCAUUACAAACGAACUGAUGUUGGAGCAUUGCAAGAAAAUGUGGAAAGACUCUCCACAGCCAACCAACAAUAACACCCAUUAUAUCAAUAACAACAUGCAAAACAUGAGUAACGCCUCAAAGACGCCAACCGAUUUGGCUCGUGAACAGCUCGCUGCCCGCCGUUCGCUGGCUGCCCGACUGGAGCAGCAGCGCACGUUGCCCGUGUCAAUGCCCAGACAAUUGAAUGCGGCUGCACCGGAACACAUACCGAAGCAGCUGAACGCAAUGCAACUAGCUAGAGAUAAGGCUUUGCCAGCUUCUGUUUCGCUCGCGGAUGUGACAAAUGUAAUUCCUUCCACUGUUCAAGCACGGGCUCUAGCAAACAUACAAAAGCCCACAUACAUGCCAAGUAAUCAAUACACGCGUGCCACCUUCCAGUCAAACGAACCCAUUCUUCAGAUGUCGGUUCACAAUGCAUUCACUCCAAAAACUGUCCAACGUUCGGUAAACAUGUACAGCAAUGUGCGAUUGGGCAAACCUAUGCUGCCACCCUCAAUUCAACCACACUUGCAUUCUCUUAGUCCUGUUCGAUACUCGCCGCCCAGAACUUAUACGCCAACGAUGCCGCCCGUUCUACCCCAAAGUAUAAUUCCAGCGUUUAAAAGCACAAGUCUGACGAUCGGCUGCACAUACGAUGUCUAUGUGAGCUACGUAGAAAACGGCCCUCACAUGUUCUGGGUGCAGCUGAAGAGUGCGACAAAGGAGCUCGAAACCCUAAUGGGACACAUUGAGCGUUCCAAUCUAAACCCAAUGAUGCACAGUCCUGAAGUGGGCAUGGCAUGUAUUGCCCGUUUUGCAGAGGACGGAAAUUGCUAUCGUGCGCUUAUUAGCGCUAUCUUUGGCAACAAAUUUCGCGUUGUUUACGUAGACUACGGAAACUCAGCUAUGGUUGAAUUCAGAGAUCUAUUUCACAUAUCACUUGAGCUUCUGGACAUCAAACCAUUUGCUUUUCGUUUCAAAAUGGCUGGCACCAAAGAGCUGGAGCCAAUUGACGAAAGCAUUAAGCGACUUUUUAGGGAAUCUGCAUUAUAUAGAAACUUUCAUCUUAUAGUGCGUCCAGCAGAAAGUGUUGGAUCUCUUCAGACUUGUUAUCUAAAAGAUCGUGAUGGAAAUAGCAUGCUGGACGUGCUUAAAAAGAUGAAGAACUCCCGCAAGGCAUAUGCAACCGCCGAGCACCUUCAGAAUGAUGAUUCGGUCGAAAUACGUUUCAUUGAUUCACCCAGUAAUUUUUAUGUGCAAAAAGUGUCCAAUAUUGGACAAUUCGACCAGCUCAUGGACGAAAUGUUUUCCUAUUACAAUACCAAUCAGGUGGUUCCUGAGCAGUUUAUCCUUGGCUCUCCAUGCAUUGUAAAGUUUGAGCAAGGAUGGUACCGCGCCGAAAUAUUGCGAGUCGACAGUUCGGCCAUUAUUGUGCGCCAUGUUGAUUUCGGAUAUGAGCAGAGUGUACAGCGACAUCUGAUCAGUAUUAUAGCCGAGAAGCAUCUGAAAAUGGCGCGCCAGGCCAUCAAGUGCUGCCUCAAGGGCUUUGAAAACAGCGAACUGGGUCAGGAAAAUAUUACCGAUCAAUUUGAAAUGCUUGCUGAAGAAUCAAAUAUCAGACGGCGCACUUUCACAGUACGCGUGUUUCGAAUCGAGCCCGAUGGCCUCAAUGUAGUUAACCUGUUGGCAAGAAAUUUGAAUGUGAUGAAGAAACUUUACAAAUUGUCGAUGCCCUUCGAGCAGUAUUUAUCGCUGGAGAAGGGUCAAUUUAAUCCAAUUAAAGCACCAUCUGCUGUAUCUCCGGUAGGAACAGAUGCCUCAGUCGUACCAUUGGAAAAGGCAAACAUUUUGAACUCUACAACUGUGGAAAGUGACGAUCGUAUGCAGUUGAAAAGAACAGCGCGUAAUAAAGAUGCUGGCGAAUGGGACAAACACAGUUCAAGCAGCUCCAGAGACAACCGCGACAAUCGUGAUAUGCGCUCCAAUUCCAAUGACCAACAGCGAAACGCUGGCACUAAGCGGCAGCAACAGCACAAAGUAGAACGUCAUCGGGCUCCGAAAUUGGACUUGAGUUUUGAAACGCAAAGUACGGGCAGCUAUGCCAGCGGUAUGAGCUCGCCACGCAAAAAUCGCCAGACCGGACGUGGUCAGAAUGGAAAACAAAAUGCAAACAUAAACGAUCGUAGCUCGCCACGAAAAGAGCAGCAACAAAAACAAAAUCAGCGUUCACAAAAUGCUCCACAAGGAUUUGCGCAGAAGCCGCUGCGUCAAAAAUCCACUUUGGAUGGAUCAGCAGGCCUGAAGAAAUCCAGCGGUAUCGAUAGUGACGGAGCAUCCAGUACAUCUACAACAUCGAAGUCGCAGAAUCCGGAAUCAUAUCUGCCACUGGAUAAAGCAUUUGUGCUGCAAGACGUUAAAACACCUCAUAAAGAUACCGCAAGCAUUUCCUGGUGGGUCUCACCAUUCCAAUUUUAUGUUGUGUUCAAAACUGCGGCCACCAAGUACGAUAGUCUGCUGAGGGAAAUGAAAGAAUUCUAUCGCCAGAAGCCUAACCAGUCGCUGCAACUGAAAGUGGGCUCCAGUGUGGUGGUGCGUCAUCGCAAAGACGGUGCCAUAUUACGUGGCACGGUACAUGCUUGCAAUCACAUGCUCCGCAAAUAUCGAGUUUUUUGCGUGGACUCUGGAAAUAUAAUCACGGUUACCUCUGAGGAUUUAUGGCAGGUGGAGCAGCGCUUUGCAGAAGCACCCUGCCUGGCCCAUCGUUGUACCUUUAACAGCGUGGUCAGCAACUACGAUCACCUUUAUAUUAUCGAUCGCAUGGAGAAAUUUGUGCCAUCCAAUGCCAAAGUUGAGUGCGAGUUUCUCGAGAAGCACUUAAAAAGUAACACUUUUAUUGUAAACAUAUUUGUUAAUGGAGAUUCGUUGAGAGAUAUGUUGGUUAAAUCACAGUUUUUGACCCAAGUACCCCCUGAGGUGCGUGUCUCUCUGCUGGCAGGUCAGCAAAUACGUGGAAAGUUCAGCUCCAUUCGAGACAUGACAAACUUUAAAAUACAGCUGGAAUGCUGCAAUACCGUCAAUUUCCUAUGCAGUUACGACGAUCCAAAGUUCGUCAAAGCUAACAUGGAUUUGGCAAGGCAUUUUAAGGAGUUUUAUGAGGGAAAAUCGGUCGCUUUUAAUGUGAAGGAUGUGUGUGAAAAUAAUAUCAUACAUUUGCGCCCUAUUAUGCCCCUGUUUAAGGAAGAUCGCAACACAUUCAUUUGCGGAUACCCUAUAAUGACGAAUACGUUCAAAGCUCUUGUCGUGUAUAUCGCAAAACCCUAUCGAGUGUAUGUGCAGCCCAGCGUCAUUGAGUCUGUGAUGAAGGAAAUGUUGGAUAACAUGUACGAUUAUUAUGAAGAGAAUGGCAAACCAUUGUUGAAAAUUGAAAAGGAUCAGUUGUGUGCGGCACGCAGUAAGGAUGAAAAUUGGUACCGUGCUCGCAUUGUGGCUAAGAACGCUAAUGAAAAGGAAAUCGAGGUGUUUUACUUAGAUUACGGCAACACAGAAAAGUUGAGCCGCAGCGACCUUAAAGUUUUGGAAGAAAAGUUUUACGUAGAUAAAAGCAGUUACGGCGUGGAAAUCAACUUACCGAUUGGUCGCACUAAUAACGAGGAAAAUCUAAAGGCCCUGUUAAGCAAGCUUUUGGAUGAACAAGUUGUUACCGUAAAUCCAAUCGAGACACGCCGUAAUCAUAUAAUUGCUGAUUUGAUUUUAAACAAUAAUCAGAGCGUAGUAAAUGCAUUGAAAUCUGAGAAGCUUAUCGCAGGACGGGAUAUUGAUUACAUGCGUAAACAAUUGGAAAAGGAUAGACCACAUAUAUUUGAAUAUAUCGAGACAGUAGACCUUACUAAAGACGAUGAUGAUGAGAACAAAAAGAAGGAAAAGGAGCCAAACACGUCACAACCACCUAAAGCCUCGCCAAAGAAGAAAAAACAAGAGCCAGAAGAGAAACGUAAUAAAUUAGCAGAGAAGCCAAAGCCAGUUGCUGUGGAGCAAAACUUAAAACCCGAGCCCAUGUCCGCUCCUGCAGUUGCAGUUGAAGCGAUUACCAAAGUUUGUACCGAACCUCAGCUGCCAACCAAAUCCCUAACGCCGCCUCCAGCGACCCCAACGCCAGCACCUGAGACUGAAACUGUCGCUCUGCCCGCUACAGCCUCCCCAGAUCCUUAUAAAGACAUGGACACGGUCGUGCUUAGUCACUGUGACAAUCCGGCACAAUUUUUUGUGCAUUAUAUUGAUAAACUCGACACGUUGCAUCGAUUGCAAGAAAACCUGCAGAUUGUAUCGCCUUCGCUGCCGCAACUGAUGAAUGUUGUUGAUGGCGCUGAAUGCAUUUCCCUGUAUUCUGUGGACAAACAGUGGUAUCGUGCCAAGAUAAUUGAUGCUGAAUUAAUGGUCUUAAAGUUUAUAGAUUAUGGCAAUACUGACUGUGUGUCUGAUGCCAGCGAAAUCAAGGAGAGCAUGUGGUCCCAUAUUGAACCAUUUUGUGUGCCUUGCGCACUGCCCAUCUGUCCCAAAACUGCUGACUGGGUGGAUGCGGCCAACAAUAUAUUUAAUGAUUCCUAUAACAAAAUUAUACACUACGAGUAUUUGACACACGGCGAUUACGAGACGCGCAGUUAUGUUAAUAUGUACAUUGAAGGCGUUGAUGUGGCCAAGAAGCUCAUUGCUGAUGGUUAUGCCAAACCUCUGGAAUACGUAAUCAGCGGUUCUACCUGCUACGUCUCACACGUGAACGGUAUCUCUGAUUUUUAUAUACAAUUGGAACGUGAUUGCAAGGCCUUGGAACUAAUCGAGAUGUAUUUGCGAGAUGCAGAACAGCAUUUAAAGCCGUUGGAAAGCUUUGAAAAGUCUCUCAUUGUGGCAGCGCUGUUUGAGGAAGAUGGAUUAUGGUAUCGCGCCGAGCUGUUGAGGCAGCUGCCCGAUAAUCGUUACGAGGUACGCUUCAUCGAUUACGGAAACACAUCUUCCACACCCAAGUGUCUUCUACUCUCCGAAGAGAUUGCUAAUUUGCCAAGUCUCUCCAAAAGAUGUACCCUAGAACUGCCAACCGACUACAUAUCCUGGUCGGAUGAGGCUGAUGCCAAAUUUGCAGAAAUUACUGGCGAGGGCGAGCUUGUAUUCACUACAGAACUAAUUCGGCCUGGCGUUAGUCAUGUAGUCAUACAUUUGCUUUUGGACGAGGACAACAUCAUUGAUAAACUUCUGCCACUAUGCGCACGAAAGAAACCUGAAAAGGAGGUCAAACCCAAACCAAAUGCCUCUUCUGAGACGUCCGCAGAGGAAGCCAAAAACAAGAAUGCAGAAUUAAAGGCCUGCAUCACACACUUGGACAGCCCAAAAUGCGUUUACUUGCAAUUAAGUGACUCUUUUAGUAUUAUUGAAGAAAUUGCUUUGAAACUUAACACAAUGAAGCACCAGGUCUUCCAGGAAGAUAGCCAAAUUGGCGAGCUUUACGUGGCUGAAGAGGGUAAUGAGUUCUAUAGGGUACGACUCUUGGACGUUCCAAGCCCGAAGCAAUAUCGCGUAAAGUUCAUCGAUUAUGGAAAUCAAACUAUGGUUAACACCCUCUACGUACUGCCCGCAGAAAUGGCGCAAAUUAAAGAGCUUGUUGAUGUCUACACGCUCGAGCACUGUGAUGCAUUUGACAAAAAUCCGAACUUGACGCGAGAGGCAUUGGAUGCGCUGGUGGAUGGCUGCAACGGAGAUGUCACUUUGGAGUUUGUGGAUAAAACUGCCAAGCCACCGGUGGUGAAGCUAACGACUAUCGGCAAGAAUGAACUGAACAUCUUCGAUCAGUUACAAAAGCUGCUCGAAGUUGAAGUUCAGUUGAAUUCAGAAAACAGCGGUGAUUCCGAAUGCGUCAUAUCGCACGGCAAUUCGCCAAAAAGCUUCUACGUACAGCUGAAGAAGCACUCGGCUCAAUUGGAUCUAAUUGUCAAGACACUUCAGGGCGUUCAGAGCAACCAGCUAAAAGCUGUGGAGAGUCUUUCUGAGAAUGUUUCUGGUGUCUGCUACUCACAGGAAGAUAAUUGUUACUAUCGAUGCUUGAUCAAGCAAGUUUUGGGCGACAAUAAGGGCUGUGAGGUAUUUUUAACUGACUAUGGCAAUACGAUUAUCACGAAGCAGGUCUAUCAGCUGCUUGACCAGAUUAAGGACAUUUUACCACUGGCACUGCAUUGCAAGCUAAGCGAGAUACCAGCCGGCGUGGAGGAUGCUAAGCUGGAGGAGGCCUUUACAGCGCUGGUGGAGCAACACUUUGGCGAAGUAUAUGAAAUCGUUAAUGAAAUCAAAGACGAGAAGAACACACAACAUGCCGUACAACUACGCAUUGGUUACAAGGACUUGGCUCAGGAGCUGAUUAACCAAGUUGCUGGCAUACAAAAAGCCGUGUUGGCCGAGCUUCACAAUUGCUUUAUCGUCCAGUACAAUGCUCCCACAUCUUUCUAUGUGCAAAUGGAGAAGGAUGUGCCGGCUCUAGAGAAAAUGACGGAUAAGUUGCUUGAUGCCGAGCAGGAUUACGAACCUUUUACCCAGUUGCAGGAGGGCGCCCUCUGCGCCGCUCUAUUUCCUGAAGAUGGGGUGUUUUAUCGCGCCCAGAUCGUCAAGUUGCUCGAUGGUGGGAAGUGCGAGGUACACUUCAUUGAUUUCGGUAAUAAUGCAGUGACGGAUCAGUUCCGCCAGCUCCCAGAGGACAUGAUCGCCCCGGCCCGAGUUGGCAAGCACUGUGAGCUCGAAAGCGCAUCGAUUGCAAAAUGCGAUGUGGCAGACUUGCAGGCGUUCAUCGACUCUCGCUUUUCAGAGACAUUCCAGGUGGAGAUUCUGGCAACGGAGGGCGAUACUCUUGUCGUCCGUUUGUUCUACCAGAGCACAAGCAUUAGCGAGAAACUUCGCCAGCAUGUCAAUUAAAGGCAACUCAUAUCAAUAUGCCGUCCAAUGAUGUGUGUUCUUCCAAGGUAAAAAGAUUUGUAAGUCGAAAAAGAAGGAUGUGAUAGAGUUAGUCAGCGAGAACAUCUUUGUAGAGGCAAAUGGUUUAUUAGCUAAAAGCUAAAACUACGCACUCAAAAACACAUUUAUGCGUGCUUGAUCGAGGCAUCGAUGCACGAAACAUUGUGAUUAGUUUGGCUAAAGCAUCAGUUGUAUUACAUUAUUUACCUAAUUUAGUUAAACGAGUAUGACUUCUUUAAAAAAGAGAACUGAAUUCAAUUUUUUAAAAAAAACUCACGAUAUUAGUAGGCAGCUUCACUGGUUUUUUAUAAAAAAUCAAACGAAUGCAAUAUGAAAAAAAAAAUGAAAAACGGAAUCAAUUUGUAUAUGAAUCAUAUUUAUUUAAAAAAAAACGAAAAUCCCCCAAAAAAAAUCGAAAAAAAAACGAAACAACAAAAAAAGAAUUACAAUGCAUAUGAAAUGUAUGAAUGCGAUAUUUAUUUGCUCAAUCAAAAUGAAAAGCUCGGAGAGAGAGCACUGUAAAAUUUUAAUUUCUUUAACUCACUUAUUUUGUUACAUUAUCACGUUAUUACUUAAUCAACAAAAAAAAAUUAAAAAAAAAAAAACACAAAAAUAAGGCAUAGGGUAUAAUUUAGACAAUUAAAAAUUUUGAUUUCACACAAUAACGUUGGAGAAGAAGCAUACAGAUCAAUCCGUAGGGGAUUCUGAAGCGAAAACCACUAAUCAUAUUUUUCUACUUCAUAUUACUUUUUUAAUGUUGUAAACAAAAUAAAAAGCAAUGUAAACGAAUAAAUAAAAA